CACCCUCCUCCCACUCCCCCAGCCCCUCGCAAGCUGGAACUCUGCCCACCUCCAGACAACUCUUUGCAAAACAGCAAAAUCCUUGGGUUUCUCCAGCAAGUGAGAAAUCUGUUGUUUUCUCCAGUUUUGGAUGAGAAAAGGAAAACCUGGAUCCCUACUGAAGACAAGCCCAGAGAUUUCCAAUAGGAAUUCACAGUGUUGGAAGUGUUCUGCCCUGCUGUGGCCCUGUUGAGUGCUUCGCAACAGAAAAAAGCAGUGUUAUUUUUCCGUGCUCAAUAAAGGGUGCAAGCACAGCUGGUGCUUUUGAGGGGAGCCUUGAGUCUGGAAAGGUGGAGAACCACUGCCUCAGGGCUGGAGGCAGUGCCAAGUCUACUCUGAUUCAGCUCUCUGCUCUUGGCUUGGGGAAUAGGCAGCCCCCUCAGCCUGUUGCUUUUUUGCCUUUUCCCCAGGCGUUCGUUUCAGCAGUUCUGUCAGCCUCGAUGACGUGAGCGCUCUGGCUGCCCUCAUGACGUACAAAUGUGCCGUAGUGGAUGUGCCUUUUGGGGGGGCCAUGGCCGGCAUAAAGAUCGAUCCCAGGAAGUACUCGGGCCCGGAAUCGAUGUGUUGGGGCCUGACGUCGGCACAGGCGAGCGGGAGAUGUCCUGGAUCGCGGACACAUACGCACACACUCUCGGCUACAGGGACAUCAAUGCCCCUGCCUGCGUGACGGGGAAGCCCAUCAGCCAGGGUGGGAUCCACGGACGCGUCUCAGCCACUGGCCGCGGCGUGAUGCACGGGAUUGAGAACUACCUCAGCAACACGCACUACAUGGACCUCAUCGGCCUGAGUCCUGGCUUCCCCGGCAAGACCUUUGUGCUACAGGGCUUCGGGCAUGUGGGGCUGCACACGAUGCGGUACCUGCACCGCUGCGGCGCCUGCUGCCUCUGUGUCGGCGAGGUGGAUGGCGCCAUCUACAACGCCGACGGCAUCCACCCCCAGGAGCUGGCAGACUACAAGCUGGAGCAUGGCACCAUCGUUGGCUUCCCAGGAGCAGAGCCCUACAAGGGCAGCGUCCUCGAGGUCCCCUGUGACAUCCUUAUCCCAGCUGCCACGGAGAGGCAGCUCACAGCAGAGAAUGCCCACCUGGUCAACGCCAAGAUUAUCGCCGAAGCAGCCAACGGCCCCACAACACCAGCAGCACAUGAGAUCUUCCUCAAGAGGAACAUCCUUGUUAUCCCAGACCUGUACGUGAGCGCGGGCGGCGUGACUGUGUCCUUCUUUGAGUGGCUGAAGAACCUGAACCACGUGAGCUACGGGCGCCUCACCUUCAAGUACGAGCGUGACUCCAACCACCACCUGCUGCUCUCCGUGCAGCAGAGCCUGGAGCGGGGCCUGGGCCGUGCCCACGGCGACCUCCCCAUCAUGCCCUCCCCGGAGUUCCAGGCCCGCGUGGCGGGUGCCUCGGAGAAGGACAUUGUGCACUCGGGGCUGGCCUACACCAUGGAGCGCUCGGCCAAGGUACCUCCUCGUCGCUGCUGUGAGCAGACCCCUCCCAUGAGUGCGCCCUGGUGUCCGCCUGCCCAGGAUCAGGCCGAGGCCUGUUGCCACCCCCUCCCCUGGCACCGGAGGGUGGCCCCCUCCCUCAGCGCUGGCUCCUUGUUCUGUCUCCAUGCGGCAGAGGACUGCUGUAGCUGGCUGCUUUGGGAGCGUUGGGGAGAGCUGCUUCCUGGCUGAGCCCGUGGGGCAGGGGAUAGAUAGGGACAGCCCUGCCCAAAGCUGCAGGUGCUGCAGUGGGGCGGGGGAGGGCCCGGGGACCACUUUGUGUCGGGGCAGCAGCACUGCUCGCGUGUGCAGCCCAGGAGCCCAGCAGCACUGGAGGAGGGUUGAGCAUGAGCUGCCCCUGCCACCUCCCGCAGCCUCCGCACCUCACCUCCACACUCCCUGUUCCCCAGCAAAUUAUGAGCACGGCCCAGCAGUACGACCUGGGCUUGGAUCAGCGCACGGCCGCCUACCUCUGUGCCCUGGAGAAGGU